CAUGCGCCUUGGUUAGCUUGUAAUAUUGAGCAGAACCCCCGUUAAGUACUGAUUUUUUCGGCAUCAUCCACAAAGAAGAAGAAAACAAAUAUUCAUGUCAACAAAUGUGAAGAUUAUCGAGCCCGAUUCAAAAUCGGCAGAACAAAUCGGGUUCGAUCUUCCUGGAGAAAGUGAAAGUAGACAAGGUGACUGCUGUUGUUUUGGAUUGUGGAAACCAACAGAAAUGACAUCAACGGGAUACUAUGGAGGGGUCGAAGGUGGUGCAACCCAUUCUAAAAUGGUUCUGAUGAAUGAAAAGGGAGACAUCUUGGCCUGGACAGAUGGACCAUCCACAAAUCAAUGGUUAAUUGGCCAGGAAGAGUGUUUAAAGAGGGUGAACAAUAUGGUGGAAGAAGCCAAAACUAAAGCAGGCCUGGAUUCUGGCACGAAGUUAGCUUCUCUGGGUUUGUCAAUGAGUGGUGCUGAUCAGAAAGAGGCUCAAGAUCAGCUGAUCAGUGGAAUGAAGUCCAAGUACCCACAAUGUAGUCAGAAUGUGUACAUUGCCAGUGAUACUGCAGGUGCCAUAGCAACUGCCACAGAGAAAGGAGGGAUUGUUUUAAUCGCUGGAACUGGGUCCAACUGUAUGCUGAUAGCUCCUAGUGGGGAAUCCUACAGGUGUGGAGGCUGGGGUCAUCUCCUAGGUGAUGAAGGCUCAGCUUAUUGGAUUACACAGAAAGCCAUCAAAAUUGUGUUCGACCAUGAGGAUAAUCUGAAAGUUUCGCCUUAUGACAUAACGUUUGUGAAAGAAGCAAUGAUGAAAUAUUUCAAGAUCAGUGAAAGAGAUGAACUUCUCCAUUACUUUUAUUCCAAGUUUGAAAAAUCCUUCAUAGCAGGCCUGUGUAAGGAACUUGCUCAAGGUGCCAAAGAUAAACAGGACAAACUGUGUCUGGACCUCUUCAGACAGGCUGGAGAAAUACUAGCAGAGCACAUUCUGGGUGUAGAACCCAAAAUUACAGAGGAGUUACUGAACACCCCCAGUGGGCUACAGGUAGUGACGGUGGGCUCUGUGUGGAAGAGCUGGGACAUCAUGAAGGACGGUUUUGUGAAGGUUUUACAGGACAGGAAAAGGAACCCUAGAAUAUCCAAAAUCAGUCUGCUGGACCUGAAGGAAUCGGCCGCUGUAGGGGCCGCCAGCCUGGGGGCACGGUCCAUCAAACACAACCUCCCGAUCAACUACUCCCAGAAUGCAGCAGUCUACUUCAAGGCCGAAUUCUAACAAUGAUUUCAUUGUUAUUGAGUCUUGUAUGAGCAUGCCGUUUAGCUCAGAGUUGUGAUAUCUCUAUGAGUGUUCAGCAGUAUGAUUUUAUAAAUCUUUUGAGAGGGAAAAUCAAAAUGAACCAAAUAACGUAUAGUUGCAUUACACAGAUAAGCAUUGUAGUGUUCUAAAAUUGUGCAAUACUGUAGGGAUGCUGAUAAAAAAAUUACUUAAUACAUUAAACUAAUUGAGUAUAGUAACGGGUCAUUUUUGAGUCAUCUUUUUAAAGAUUUGAAAGGUACAUGAGUAGAUAUUUGGUUGUAAUUAAUUUUAUAUUUAUCUAAAAUAAACACAUUCCAAGAUGAUUAAAAAAAAAAUUAAUUGCUUGUCUGUAUGCAUUCCUGCAAUAUGAGUAUAAACGUAUAUUUAGAGUGCCAGUUUUGCCAUAUAUACAACAUGUAUGAAAUUAGAUGAUAGAAUGCCUUAAGCCUUGUAUGUAUGAACACAUUUAUAGCAACAUGUAUCAAAGAAUUUCAGUAUGGUUGAUAAUAUACAAGGUCCCAAAACAGCGUAGAAUCAAUAAAUACAUGUACAUACAUUUAUUGAUGUUCAUGUAUAGAUUUAUUGCCCAUAACUUUUAAAAUGUGAGGCAUAAUGUUGUUUGCCUUGUCUCUCGCCCUUUCUUAUCUACUGGUAAAACUCAACAUUUUUUUUUUUGGAGUUUACAAAAUGGAGACUGCAUUCUUUGUAAUCUGUAAGGUCAAGGUCAGAUAUAGAUAACUAGUAAAAAUUCAAGGUCAUUUCUCAAGCUCAGGAUCAAUGAUGCAACUGCUCCUUCCCCUUUAACCUUUGACAGAACUUAUAACCUUCCUCUUGGGUAAAUAGAUAAUAAAUUAAGUCAUCAAGUUUAAGAACAAAUUGAUCAGACUUAUUCCUCUACAAGGGCAUUAGGUUUAACCAUCACAUGUUAUUUAACUGUUUAUUGUAUGAAUGAUUACUUUUAAUUUUGAUAAUUGAAAUCAAUUUGUAUAUUUUUGACUGUGCAAUAAUUACAAUUAUAAUUUGUUGAGGUAUAUCAAUCAUUUUUUUAUGAUCAUUUUGACUUUUGACAAUUUAUGCUAUAUACAUUUAUUAAAGAAUUGUAGAUUAU